CCUCUAACCAUGAUACUAUUAAUUCCUUUCCUUUCUAUUCUAGCAUUGGCCGCGGGUAACGGUGUGCCGUUAGUCCCUGGAGACAACAGUCACUAUGUUGAGGGUCAAAGUCGCUACAUCUGGAUGCCGGACGGCGAUGGCAACCCGAUUUUGGUGGAUCUCCACGAGCCCGUCGAUGAAGAAUUCUUAAACACCAGAAAUGGCGCUAACAACCAGUACUGGCUUUUCACCAGAUCCAACCCUACCAACCGCCAAGUGUUAGUGCACGGAAACAUAAACUCUGUGCGUAACUCAAACUACAGAUCUGGCAGGCCGCUUAAAGUUAUCGUUCACGGAUGGAACAACAAUGGGAACACCGCCAUGAACCCUACCAUAACAGCUGCGUUUCUCGCGGUACAAGACGCCAACGUCAUUGUCGUAGAUUGGAACAGAGUCGCUAACAGCAAUUACAAUACCGCGGUCCGUGGUGUUCCAAGUGUGGGGCAACACUUGGGCAACUUCUUAGUGUGGCUUAUCAACUCGGCCGGUGGGAACUGGAAUAAUGUCCAUUUGGUUGGCUUCAGCUUGGGCGCUCACGUCGUCGGUAACGCCGGCCGCACCGCUGGUGGUCGCCCCGCUCGUAUUACUGGACUGGACCCCGCCGGCCCGCAGUGGGGAGGAAACUCAAACGCCCUCAACCGUAACUCUGGACGAUAUGUAGAGUGCAUCCACACAGACGGCCGCCUACUCGGUAUUAUGGACGCUAUCGGCGACGCAAACUUCUACCCCAACGGCGGCAGGAACCCACAGCCAGGAUGUGGCACCAGUCUCUGCUCACACGGGCGAGCCACCGACCUCUUCGCUUCCAGUGUUCGCACCAAUCAUUUUGUCGGCAGACAGUGCAGGAACAUUCACGAGGCUGAACUGUCUAAUUGCAACGGUAACACUCUCAACAUGGGCAACGCUAUUAUCAACAAACGAGGCUCCGGAAUAUACGGUCUUCGCACCAGGAAUUCUUGGCCGUUUUAAACGGAAUAUACAAAUAAAUGCACA